AUGUCACAGAUACUACCUAAUACGAAUACUCCUAUUCAAACACCAUCUUCAGAAUCAUUUAAUAAUAACAACCUCCACAUCAAUAAUGAUGAAAAUAAUGAUUUAGAUAAAGAAUCAUUAAAUGAUCAUAAACCCACCGAAGAUGAUAACAUUGAUUCAUCAUUAUUAGAAAAACAAUCACAACAAAAACCAUCUCAUGAACCUUUAUCACCACCAAAUCCUACUCCAACUCCAGAAAAAAGGAAAUUAGAAGAGAAUGAGGAAGAUCAUGGAGAAAAAGAAGAAGAAUCACCAAGUAAAAAACUUAAAAUUGAAGAAAAUAAAAAUGGAGAUAUCCCUAAUACUGAAAGUAAUGGAGUUUUAGCUACUGAACCAAAUAAUGAACCAACAACAGAAGAAAAUAAACCAGAUGAAACAAAUCUUGUUCAAGAAUCAUCAACCACUGUAAAUAAUAAUGAUGUAAUAAAAGAUGAAAAUGAACAAGAAACUUCAUCAACCACACAGCAAGAUAAUGAAAUAAAAGAAGAAGCAACGACUACAACAGAAGCCACAACAGAACCCACACAACCAUCAUCAGAUCAACCUACGCAACAAACAAAAGAAUUACCUAAAGUACCUGCACCAAAACCACCAGCUGAACCAGAUAUGAAUAAUUUACCAUCAAAUCCAAUGCCACAACAUCAACAAAAAUUUGCAAUAAAUACAAUAAAAAAUAUUAAACGUUUAAAAGAUGCAAAUCCGUUUUUAUUACCAGUUGAUAUAGUAAAAUUAAAUAUUCCAUUUUAUUAUAAUUAUAUUGAAAGACCAAUGGAUUUAUCAACUUUAGAAAAAAAAUUACAAGUUUCUGCUUACCUGGAAAUUUCUGAUUUUAUUGAUGAUUUUAAUCUUAUGGUUAAUAAUUGUAUAAAAUUUAAUGGAGAAAAUGCAGGUAUAUCAAGAAUGGCAAAAAAUAUUCAAGCAUAUUUUGAAAAACAUAUGAUGAAUGCUCCACCAAAAGAUUUACCACCACCACCAGCUCAAUCAUCAUCAUCAAUAUCACCAGAAUCAUCUAAAAAAAGAAUAAUUGAUUCUGUUGCUUCAUCAAGACCAAAAAGAAAAAUUCAACCACCAAAACCAAAAGAAUUACAAUAUGAAAAAACAACAAAAAAAGAUCCAAUAAUGAGAUAUGCAAAUGAAUGUAUAAAAUCUUUAAAUUCUCAAAGAUAUAAAGAUUUAAAUUGGGUAUUUUUAGAUCCAGUUGAUACUCAAUUAUUCCCCACUUAUUUACAAAUUAUAAAAAAGCCAAUGGAUUUAGGUAAAAUUCAAACAAAAUUAAAUAAUAAUGAAUAUAAUAAUCCAGAAGAAUUUGAAUCUGAUGUAAAAUUAGUUUUUUCAAAUUGUUAUAAAUUUAAUCCUGAAGGUACUGAUGUAAAUAUGAUGGGUCAUAGAUUAGAAUCUAUAUUUAAUGAAAAAUGGAGCAAUAAACCUCAACCACAAAUUGAAGAAGAAAUUGAAGAUGUAUAUAGUUCAGAAGAAGAAGAAGAAGAAGAAAUUAAUGAAAAUAUGUUAUCCGAUAUUCCAGCAAUCCAAUUUUUAGAAAAUCAAUUAAUUCGUAUGAAAAAAGAAUUAGAUGAAUUAAAAUCUCAACAUUUAAAAAAAUUAAAAGAACAACAACAAGCAAGAAGAAAUAAGAAAAAAAAUAAAUCAACCAACAGAAAAGGAUCAUCAAAUAAAUCUAAAAAACAUCAUCAUCAUCAUAAUUCAAUUUCUUCAAAUCAUCCAGUAAAAUUUACACCACCUCAACCUGUAGUUACAUAUGAAAUGAAAAAACAAGUUUCAGAAAUGGUUCCCAAUUUAUCAGAAAAAAAAUUAAAUCAAUUUAUAAAAAUUAUUCAAGAUGAUGUUCAAAUAAAUAAUGAAGAUGAAGUUGAAUUAGAUAUGGAUCAAUUAGGUGAUUCAACUGUUUUAAAAUUAUAUGAAUUUUUAUUUGGUGAAAAAGCUUCUUCAACAUCUGCUUCGAAAAAUAAGAAAAAGAAAUCUCCGGUUGGUGACGAUGAAAUGGCUCACUUACGUCAUCAACUAGCUUUAUUUGAUGAAAAUACCAGUAAUUCCAAUGGACAUGAGCAAUUAAAUAAUAUUGCUCAUGUACUGGAUGAUUCUGAUGAAUCAGAAUCUUCUAGUGAGGAAGAAUAG